GAAGACGAGGCGUUUCCAGUCGCUGUCUGGUCUUCUGUUGCCGUUCCCCUUGUUUGGAGUACGGACGAAAAACGCAAAACGUACAGUUUCCCAGCUCAAUGAAUCAUGGAAACAGAGAAAAUUCCUGAAACGAAGAUCAAAAGAUAACGAACGCGAGGAAUAUGACGACAAAUUGACAUUUUAAUAGUCGGGAGUCACGCAACGGAUGUUACCCUGUACCACAAACUGUGUUUCCGUCGAGGAGACUUGCGGUCUCGGGAUGUCCCAUAUAACUGCGCUAAACUCUGAUUAGGCAAAUGUAUGGGGCGCCUGCUUUGGAACAAAGGGGGAAACAAAGUUUGAUGUGAUUUGUUAAUUUGGUUUGUUACAACAGACACAGACUCUCAGUAGACAGAUUAAGCAGCCAUCAGCUGGUUACAUUUGAUGCUUCCUGCUGGAGGGGGAAAAAAAGCAAUGCGAAGGUUAAUGCAAGAUAUUUAAGAUAGUUUUUUUUUUCUAUUUCAUUGCCAUUCUAAAAGGAACAACUUGCUUUUGAUGCUGUUUUGAAAAAAAUGUGUGAUGCUGGACUCUCCAAAGCACAAAUAUUCUUGCAUGACUGCAGUCUGAAGCCUAGACAGCUGUACAAGUAACCGAAUAAAUCAGAAUAUAUUGUCUUUGAAGAGGAGGAGAAAAGAAAAGAAAAAACAUGGCAGUCGAAGCCCGAAUAACAAUUCUUCACGUUGGACUGAUUGCCAUGGUGGUUCUUCUGGGUCCUGUGGCUGCUGCACAGAAUGAGCAGAGGGAGUGUGCGUACACAGAAAAGCCACAUGGAGAGGGGCGUGUCUUUCUUGAGAACUCCACCAUUCGCUGUAAUCAAGGAGGUCACUGCUUUGGACUCUGGGUGAAAAAGAACAAUGAAAUUCUGCUAGAGAAGCAAGGUUGCUGGACAAAUGUAGGUGAAUAUCAGGAGUGCUAUGACCGCUGCGUGGUGACCAGCCCACCGUCAAUGGCCAAGAAUGGAACGCUUCGAUUCUGCUGCUGCAAAAAAGACAUGUGCAACCUGAACUUCACUGAGGACUUCCCAUCUCCUCCCCCCACCACCGUACAGCCUCUACAUUCCCGCCAUCUUUACAGAGAGGAAGCCAUAGUUGCAGCAUUAGCAACUGUGUUCAUGGUUGCUGUCCUUGUCAUUCUGCUUUUUUCCGGCUACCGCAUGCUAAGAGGACGUGGUAAACACUCUCUACAUACCUUGGAUAUUCUGGAGACUGCGCUUUCCCCUCCUUCUCUGGAUUUAGACAACCUAGUGCUGCUGGAGCUGACUGGCCGGGGCCGGUAUGGAACAGUAUAUCGCGGUUCACUGGAGGACCGAUCUGUGGCAGUGAAAGUUUUUGUUUCUGCAAACCGGCAGCAGUUUACUAAUGAGCGUAUGAUUUAUCGCCUCCUCCUGGAUCAUGAGAACGUAGCACGCUUCUUAGAGAGCGAGGAACGUGUCGGUACAGAAGGCCGGACAGAGUUUCUCCUCUUGCUGGAGUUUUACCCGCAUGGCUCUCUGUGCACGUAUCUGUGCGGGCAGACUGUGGACUGGCUGAGCUGCUGUCGUUUGGCUCUGUCUGUCACCAGAGGGUUGGCGUACCUGCACACAGAGAUACAGAGAGGGGAUGUGUAUAAACCGGCCGUGUCCCACCGGGAUCUGAACAGUAGGAAUGUGCUGGUGAAGACAGAUGGCUCGUGUGUGAUCAGUGAUUUUGGACUUUCCAUGAUUCUGACGGGAAAGAGACCGCCUGGGCAUGCAGAAGAGGACAACAGUGCCAUCAGUGAGGUGGGUACAGUGCGAUACAUGGCUCCAGAAGUGUUAGAAGGGGCAGUCAAUCUAAGAGAUUGUGAGUCAGCGCUGAAACAAGUGGAUGUUUAUGCGCUGGGUCUGCUUUACUGGGAGACCUUCAUGCGGUGUGCGGACCUCUUCCCAGGUGAGACAGUUCCAGCUUUUCAGAUGGCGUUUCAGGCAGAGGUGGGUAAUCACCCUACCAUAGAAGACAUGCAGGCACUUGUGUCCCGAGAAAAAGAAAGACCCAAAUUCCCAGAGGCCUGGAAAGAAAAUAGCCUGACAGUGCACUCUCUGAAAGAGACAAUGGAAGACUGCUGGGAUCAGGAUGCUGAAGCCCGACUGACGGCUCAGUGUGCAGAGGAGAGACUUGCUGAACUGCUCCUUAUCUGGGACAGGGAAAAAUCAGUCAGUCCUGCUCUUAACCCCAGUACUGCACUGUUUAACCACAGAAACUUCUCUACUGGAAGGCAGAUGCCUAAGGUGGGUUCUUUCCUUGAACACUCAUCUACAAACACUGAAGACCAGGAGGGCGCUGAUAAACCCCUCCACAAUGACACCUCAAUGGACCCACCCUCGUUGGGAGGGUCUAACCCUGCAGAGAAGAACAGGAACUGCAUCAACUAUGAGUGGCAGCAGGCCCAAUCACAAACGUCUGGGACAGAAAGCUCCUUCCCUACUCCUGUCUCAGAGUCCUGCAAUGCCACACAGCUUCCACCAGUGGGCAACAGUGUCCCUCCCUGUGCUCAGCUGACCCAGGAAGACCUGGAGAUACCAAAACUGGACCCAAGUGAAGUCCAGAGGAACUUGAGAGAGAGCUCUGAAGAGAGCUUGAUGGAGCUUUCGCAGAAGCAGUUCUGCUCUUCAGAAACAUCGACAUCACGUGGCCCGUUCUACCCCCUCAUGAAGAUGGCUUCUGAGGUUUCAGGGUCACAGGGUUCUGGUCGGCUUACUGACACCCCUAUAACCAUCCUACCUAAGCAGCAGAACGUUCCUAAGAGGCCGAGUAGCCUAAGUCUCCAUGCUAAGCCUUCUGGGAAAACACCCGCCUUGUCGUCUUCAUCACUGCGGAUGAAGUUUGGGAAACUCGGAAAGUCGAAUCUGAAGAAAGUCGAGAUGGGUGUGGCUAAAGCCAGAGCGGCACAUGAGGCCAGGCCGAUUACCGUUGCCAACAACGAUGCUGCGGCAGCAGUGAGUAAAUAUGCGAACGGAGCAGCAGCUGAGUCAGCAGGAAGUGCAGCCAAUGCUGCUGAUGUCCGUUGGAAGGGUGCCAUGAGUUCAGAGGACUUGACCUUUGGCCUCUUGAACACUAGCCCUGACGAGCAAGAGCCUCUUCUGAGAAGAGAGGUGCAUCCUGACAAUGCAAACAACAACAACAGCAAUAACAACAAUGGCGAGGAAGAGGGUGAGGGAGACACUGAGGGUGGAGGAGAGGGAGGAGAGAACAGUGAGAAUGUUGGUUCAACAGGAGAUGCUCCAUCAGCUUCUACCGUGGAGCCUGUUGCGCUGCCCGGCCCGUGUCCUGCCCCAACCGUGGUUCCUCCACAGGCACAACCCCUAGCUCAGACACAAGGAGAGGCCCUGCUCAGACAGAACCGUGUGCGCAGACCUGAGAGACCCAACUCACUAGAUCUGUCCAUGACCACACUGCCAUUACUAGAAGGCAAGUCUGCCGGUGACGUGACAGAGGGAUCAGGAGAUAAAAUCAAGAAGCGAGUGAAGACACCUUAUGCUCUGAAGAAGUGGCGUCCUGCCAGCUGGGUUAUCACCACAGAUACACUGGAUGCUGAAGUCAACAACAACAGACUUCAUGGAGGGCCCAGUCAGAACCAGAAUCAGGCCGGUACCAGCAGACCUAAAUCAGCCUCUGCCAUGCAUCUAGGUAGUCGGGGAGGAUCUCGCUUCUCAGAUCCCAAUGACUGUGACUUUUGAACAUAAACCUCACUUUGCUCUUGAAAAAAAUGUCAAAUCAAACAGUCUAAAGUUUGUGGAGACAAGUGUGGACUGGACCAUAUAAAUGUCUUAAAUUUAACCCAAGUUGUAAGCACAGUAAGAGUCUUAGUGGAUUUACAUUGAAAAGAGCUAUGCAGCCAUCUUUUAGUUUAAUGUUUGUAUGUUUCUUUUUAAGUAAGCCACUUUUUGGUUGCACUUUUUUUGCUUGAAGUUAUAAAUCAUAAUUAUUUUGACCGUUUGAAAUGGUCCCUAAUAUUAAUAGUGUAAAUGUGUACUUAAUCAUCACAUUCCCAAGGUCAUGGAAAAUCUGAAAAUGUCAGGGAAUUUUGAUUACUAGACCUGGAAAAAAAAUCUUAAAGUAAUGGAAAUUUCAAUAGUCUAUAUUAAUUGUUAGUUAUGCUCAUCUCUAAAAUAUUUCAUUUCUCUUUGUGAGUGUAACCUCUAUAAAAUUAUAAAAAUCUUGAAAAUUCAUCGGUCAGAAUAUGUGGAAGCCCUGUUAUAAGAUUAUAAGAUUACUCAUUAACACUUUUUGUCAUUUGUAAGGUUGCAAAGCUUUCAUUUUGUCCCAUGCAGACCUGCUGAAUAUGUUUACAUUCUAUAAUGUUUUCCUGCAGCUGUGAGAUUUAUGAGAGAAUAUUACUGAAGUUCCGUGACUGUGUUCACAGCAUCAGAUAUUGUAAGUGCUGUUGUGGGUGCAAAAUAACAGCAGGCUUCACUUUCUGAGGUCUGAAAGAAGCCAACAGACCACAAAAACAGCAAUUCAACACAUUUCACUGUGGUGGCACAAUGUAUCUCAGCAUCAGACACUCAAGACAAUAUUUAGAAAUGGUGUGACUGUACAGAGACCAAGGCGACAUCUGAUAUGAUCAAACGCAGAAGUCACACUUCUCGCUUUCUGGACAAGCUUUACUCAGAGACGCAAGACAAAGCUGCACUCGGUCAACUGACUGUUCUGGAUCCUGUUAAACUGUCUAAUGAUGCUUUGGACCUACUUGUUAUUUACUUAUUUUUCUAUGUGUGAGUGAGUGUGCCUGAGCACACAAGAUCAGUUCUCUGUGUGUUUGUUCCUGUAUCUUUGUGUCUUGUGUCUAGUCGUGUGAAAGGUUUUUGUGCUGCAUGUUUGUAACUAUUCCUAUGGGGAUGUGCAUCUUCGUAUGCACUUACCUGUUCCAAUCAUUUGAUGAACAAGAAGUCAACAAAGGGCAAAGGUUUAAUCAGAUAGAAACCUGAGAAUAGUCUUUUUUCAAAGCACAGCACACAAGAGCAUUUUUUUGCUAUGCACAAAGACAUGAAGCAAGCAGCUCUGGUCUGAAAUCAAACCUUCUUAUGUUACUAAACUGCUCUGGCAAGUCAGUGAUAAUGAAUCAGAUGCUGUUAUUAUAAUCACAUUAAAAGAGUCCCAUAUUAUCCUCACCUGAACUGACUGUCGCAUGUCUUAAAUGCAUCUUAAAGAGCACAAGAAACUUUCAGCUGCGCCCCUAGUGUUUAUGCACACAUAUGUGCGUGUUUGUGCAUGUAUGCGUGGAUGAGUGUUUGUAUGAUGUUAUUCUCCUGUUAACACAAUCGUUGUAAUCGUAGUGUCGUGAUCAAUCAUUUUAUUACCCCUUGCUGAGACAUUUUGAAAAUUGUGAUUUGUAUAAGAAGGUGCAGACUGUAAAAGUGUAUUGUUAUUUGCAGAUUUAAAUUAAAUUAUGCUUUGCAUUUGCAUAGUCUCUGUUUAUUUACAGUGUGAUGAAAAAAUAUUUCACUGUCAUCAAGCACUUGGAAUUGCAAUAUGAUAGUUUUACCACUAGU